AUGAGGCUUGCUCCCUUCCAAGUCAGGAUGAUACUGAUAGUACCCGGUAGUGGACUGGGACAGGUGAUGGGCGAGCAAGCGUUGCUGCUGACGGCGAUGACGGCAGUGAAAUGA